CAAUCCAAUCAUCAUUUUACAUUCGUUCAGUUUUCAAUUACGUUGUGUAUAUCACUGUGACGUUAAACCGUACAAAAUUCAUAUUAUUUUUUUUGCGUGCCAUUCAGUUGUUUUAAAACGGAUUUUAAUUUUUUUUUUUCGGUUAUCGUUUGAUGAAGACACUGCAAUGUUUCACAUAAUAACGUCAAUUGUUAUCGUUCUGUUUACAUCAUAUUUGCCGACUGUGGAUAACAAAACAUGGACACGUCGACCAGGUUCUACAUAUCCGAGGCCAUUUAUCCAACCCACUACGAUCUCUGACUAUUAUGAUGAAGUGUAUGGUCAUAUAAAUGUCGGUCACUAUUAUGAUAGUGACGAGGAUCACAUUAAAAAAUAUGAAGAUGCGAAAAAACGUAUACUUGGAUGGAAACGAAUGUAUGCAAGUGUACGAAUCCAAUAUCAAAAUUUAAGCACUCAUCAUCAAAACUUAAGCGUCAAUUAUGAAAAUCUAAGUACCCAUUAUCAGAAUUUAAGGGUGAAUUAUCAAAACCUAAGCGCCCAUCAUCAAAAUCUAAGCGAGCGUUAUAAACAUGUUCAAAACCAUGUUGAUCGGUUGUUACUGGAUAAGGAAUGCGCCGAUUUUUUCAGAGAAUAUAUCCCUAAGAUAGAACGAGAUUACAUCCAACACAAACAAGGCUUUACAGCAGACUUUAAGAAGUGCAACCCAUUUUUCUUCACGGAAUACUAUGAUUUGGAUUCGUAUACUGACAAAAUUUACAGAGUCUAUCAGAUACUUAAAUUGGUUGGAUUGAAAUUUGAUAACCGCAGUUCCUGUUCAUUCAAAUAUAUGUCAGCCAAGGAGUACUACGAUCCUUUAGUGCCGAUAGAAAUUGAGAAUAUGAUAAAAGACAAGAAGAGUAAUUUAAAUAAAUGCGAGCAAUGGAUUUUUUUCCUGCAUGCAGUGAGAAAGGAGAGAUCACCAUCAAGAAGCACUGAGAUUAAAAUGUGGCAAACACUUAUCGAACAUUAUGAAGAAAGAACACGAAACCCGUACCCAGUCAUGGUACAAAAUAUAUUACAUGCGUUGUACUGGUCACACCAGUACCAUCAUGGUGUAGAACCUAAUAAAAGUACAGAAACAGGAAACGAGGAAAAUUGCUCAAGCACACAAUAUAAACUUGAGCCAAAGAUGGUACUGCAUUGCAUGUACAGAGGGAUUCUUGCAUGGCAGGAUCAAAACUAUGUAACUUAUAUUGUCAAAACAUCCCCGUGGACAACUCCAAUAUUUCAGGGUUACUUGAAAGGAGAAAUCCCUACGACUGAAAUUGAUCCUGAUAGCCUGGCAACUUCUGCUAACGCCACUAUUGCCACUAUUAACUUUUUUGGUAUUAUUAAGAGGAAACCUACUACCAACAUGAACAACACCAUCACAAACUAAAAGAGUCGGUGCGAUUUGUUCUGCGAAGAAGAAUAAUGAAGAAUAUUCCGAUCGGUAGUUUGCGAUGAAGCGGUGAUAUUCAAGUUGGAGGUGAUCAAACCGACACUGACGAUGCACAUUCUGGCAAGAUGGUGGUGAAUAUCUCCUCAGCACUCAGCACUCGGCUGAAUCGACGAGCAUUUUUUUCGAGCCUUCAAAAAUUUAUUGGGUAGCAACUUACCUGUUCUGUAUUUUUUUUCUGUUGUUUGGUUUGUUUUGAAUUUAUUAAAAAAUUAUCCAAGUUUUU